UUGUACCAUCCGCCACCCUGGAAGUUUGAGAAGCGCGGGCCGUGGCCGGGAAGGGAGAACCAGUCAUGUCUACCUCGGUGGUGUCGGUGAUCUCGCGGUUCCUAGAAGAGUAUCUGAGCUCCACUCCGCAGCGUCUGAAGUUGCUGGAUGCAUACCUCUUGUAUAUAUUGCUGACCGGGGCACUGCAGUUCGGUUAUUGUCUUCUCGUGGGGACCUUUCCCUUCAACUCUUUCCUGUCGGGCUUCAUCUCCUGCGUGGGGAGCUUCAUCCUCGCGGUUUGCCUGCGAAUACAGAUCAACCCACAGAACAAAGCGGAUUUCCAAGGCAUCUCCCCAGAACGAGCCUUUGCUGAUUUUCUUUUUGCCAGCACCAUUCUGCACCUUGUUGUUAUGAACUUCGUUGGAUGAAUAAUUCCUUUUAAUUGAGGAAUAGGAGGUGAUAAGAAUGUUUACCUCCUGAUUUCCCCUGGAUAAGUGUUCUUGAGAUGGCAGUUGGUUGGGCAUUUGGAUUUUCUCCAGUUUUAUCCGCCUCCUGAAUCUAAUUUGGUAUGCAGGUGAAGAGCCCAGAGAAGUUCCCUCGCUUCUGUGUCAGAAUAACUUUGUAAUGAGCAUUUAUUAGUGUGACCUCAGCUUUCCAUUAAGUAUAAUUUCUUUGCCUUCAGCAAUAAAAUACUCUUGUGCCACUCCUUCCUA